AGACACAACACCAACACACGUCCGCAUACACACACACCAACACGCGGCCAGCAAACACUUUUUGGCUGCCCAAAAGAAACAAAAGUUUGUUCAUCCUUAAUUUGCAUUGCAUACCAAUGCCAAUCACAAUCAAAAAUGGAAAAUUUGAAAAUGGCAAAGUGAAUUCAAUUAAAUUGUGCAAAUUACGAGCUAGAGGAUAAUUGAAAAAUCAAGGCACACACCUGCGCACAUGUGUCUGUGAGAGGGUUCUGUGUGCGCCGUACGUGUGUACUGUCAUCUGUGUGAGAACGCCUUUGGCUGUAUGUGUGUUGAAGGCUAAGCAGAAAAUCAGCCGCCCACGGAAAAGCCAACAAUUCUUGCCUGUUGCAGUCAAAGAGUUAGCAAACAAAGUGAUAAAGACAAAGUGUUCAAGACAAAAUGUAAUAAAUACCCAUUAAAUAUUAUACAAGAAAUCAACUUAAUACUCAACCGAUCAACUGGAAAAACUGAGCAAUGUCAAGGCAAAGGUUCCCAACAAGAUGUCCCGUCUCAGAUGCGCACAAUUAGCUUAAAACGACAGCAGGACGUGGAGUUUCGACACCAACAAGAGCAACAACAGCCAGAAUUUACAAGCAAAAGGAUAAUCACAAUCACCAAGCAGCGAAAUUAAAUAGCAAAACCGAUACUUAACAACCGAACUAUUAUCGAACUAUUUUAACAACUUAAAUGUAGCACAACAGAAGCCUUACAAAACAACAAAACCAUUUGUGCUGUGCUUUAAUUAUAGUCGAAAGAAUUUCAACUACCCCGAAAGAAAAAGAGCCCCGAAAACCGCGUAAUUAUUACACAUUAAAUAGUUAAAUUAAUAAUCAUUAUUCUUCCACUUGCGAGUUUGAAAUGUGUACAUUUUUAAAUCGAUAUUAAAACUAGUAGCGAAUUACUCAAGCAUACAACUAACAGUUUUGACGUUCAUUAAAACUUAGCAAAGAGCGUUGUGAAUUUAGCAAACCAAAACGAAUUCUUUAAACCUUAAACGAUCCUCUAAGAUAGAAAAAGAUUGUACGCAAUUACUAGAUUUUACGUGUAAGAUUUUAGCGCAAGCAACAUUUUUAAACGAGCUUCAGACACACACACACACUAGCACAACCUUAUCCUUAACCUUAACCACGACGCCAGGAUUGUGAGGGUAACAAUCAAAUGCUUGGCUCGGCGCCAAAAGGUGGGCAGUAGAAGUUGCAGCCCGAAAACAAGUAGGCAGUAGAAAAUUUAUACAAAUUUGGCGCCAACGGUGGAGAAAGGACGAAAAAACAGCGCCAAGGACUCCGACGACCUUCGCGUGUGCAAGCCUCGUUGCACAAUAAAGGACGCCACACACACACACAGACUCACACAUCCACACACUCACCUAGGCACACAUAGACACACUCACAGACACACCGACACACACAACCGAAGGCACAGGACAAUUGCAUGGGCGUCCGCCAUGACCGGAAGUAAAGAACGGUCACGUCCACGUCCACUGGCCUUUGCAUAACAAUCAGCCCGCCAAGAAGGUGCGGAGAAAGCGGGAGAAAGCAGCAGCGAAAGCAGGUGAAAGCAGGAGGAGCCAAGGAGGAGGAAACGGACAAGGAGCUGAGGCAGCGAAUACAACGAGCACAGGAGCGCCCAUUUCCACCGCCAGUGCCAGCCCGUAAAAAUGCAGGAAAUGAGCUACCUACAGGAUAAUUCCAAGGUGGAGGCCCUCACCAAGGCGGUGCUCAUAUCGAUACUGGGCGUGGCCAUCGUCCUGUCCAACCUCCUCAUAAUCGCCACCUAUGCCAACUUCAAGGGACCCACAGAGGUGAUCAACUACUACCUCUUGUCCCUGGCCAUCGCCGAUCUGCUCUGCGGACUCCUGGUGGUGCCCUUCUCCGUGUAUCCCGCUUUGACCGGAGAAUGGAUGUACGGCGACAUCGUGUGCCGCUUCACCGGCUAUCUGGAGGUCACUCUGUGGGCGGUAUCGGUGUACACCUUCAUGUGGAUAUCGGUGGAUCGCUAUCUUGCGGUGCGGAAGCCACUCAGAUAUGAAACGGUGCAGACGAAAACGAGAUGCCAGUGCUGGAUGGUGUUCACCUGGAUAUCGGCGGCCCUGCUGUGCUGUCCCCCAAUCCUGGGCUACUCGAUGCCCAUCGAGAACAACAUGACGCACAUCUGCAUGCUGGACUGGGGGAAUAUGGCGGCAUAUAGCGCCACCUUGGCGAUAUUAGUCUUAGGUCCCAGCCUCAUUUCAAUCGUACACAACUACGGCUAUAUCUUUGUAAUGAUGCGUAAGAUUAGGUCCGGCGAGCCGAUACACGAUAAAGAAUAUGCAACUGCUCUGGCUGAAAAUUUAUCGAACCCUAGUCAUAUGAUGUCAUUCGCAUUAGUCUUUGCAUUCUGGGUGUCCUGGCUGCCAUGGAUUCUGUUGCGUCUGUAUGAGGUGGUCACGGGCGAUGUUAUCCAAAGUACUCUUAUCAACUUCGCCGUCGUCUGGAUCGGCAUAUUGAAUUCGUUUUGGAAAAUUCUGAUCAUGACCAGUAUGUCGCCGCAAUUCCGUAUCGCUUUGAGAGUAUUUUGCUUAACCAUUUGUUGUAAGACUAAGGGCCGUUUGCAAGCAGAGCUAAUCGGGUUGGACCCAGAUGACUAGAGUUAGAUUUAGAUUUUCAUUCUCCUCAAAAAAAAUACAAUAAUUAUCCGUAAAUAUCCCCCUCCCAGCCCCAUCCUCCGUAAUCCCUUUGAGAAGAACUACAAAGUCCUGCAAGUAAAUAAUUGGUUGUAAUUGCAUUGAGCCAUUUCCUUAACUCUCUAUCUCUCUCUCUCUCAAUAUAUAUAAACACUUACUUGCCUGUUUGCCAUAUAGUUGCAUAUUUACGGGCCGUUUGGCGCUACGCGACAUGCCAAUGAAAGCACCACCAACAGCCACAGCCACAGAAAAACUGAAAAUCAAAAAACACAACCACUCAGCCACCAUACAGCAACCACACAGAAACACCAAAAACACCAAAACCACAGACACGUUGAAAGACAUAUUCACAUUUCUAGACCUAAGCUAAGCUAAGAGUUUUUAGCGUAUCCAAUUAUGAUUGAUUCACCGAUUGAUUGAUUGAAUUGAUUGACGAUUAUUAUUGUGUAUUUAUGAGCUUACCACGUAUAUACUUGUACUUAACUCUAGCCAUAUACAUAUACAUAUGUAGCAGCGAUCUAAUUCUAAUUCUAAUUCGUAGACAUGAGACAAUUCACUAGGCAAGAGCAACAUUUCCGUUUCCGGUUUACAAUUCGAACUUGCUACAACAAAAACAAUAUACGAAAAUCGUACGCUACUCGAGCAGCAGGAUUAUUAUCUAACGAUUGCAUAAGUAUAAACCUUUUUCAAAGUCCAUAUUAAAUAGCAUUUAGAAUUUUACAAAAAGAAAUCGUGUAGAGUUUAUUAAACAAUUUGCCAAACUUGACGACGGGCCGGAAUAUGAGAAUUCAAAAUUCGAAAAAUCUUCAAUUUUCGCACGCUUUGCGAAUUGCGCUUAAGUAACGAAAAACCCAGGCCCACUAAAAGAAUAUAAAACACAGCAAAUAAAUAUGUUAAAAUCCAAAAGCAAAUAAGCCCGAAAAGACAUUUCCAAUAGUUCUUAGCCAUACAAAAUAAAACUAUGAUACUGAAAUGAUAGGCUAGGCUGAAGUUUCGAUCGUUGUUCAAAUCGGUAGAAUGAUUCAUUUUCCUUUUGGCCGCCCCUGAACGCUUCGAUUUGGUGGGCUUACCAACAGAGCGUUGCAAUUUUGCCUAGUUCCCUUAGUGGGUCAAAUUCAGUUUCCCAAGCGCCGCCGAUGAAGCAUCCAGGGUCCCAAGUCGAGUGUUUGUCGUUGAAUAUUGUUGAUUGUGUUGAAUUGAUGAUAUCUUAGCCACAAACAUGCCAAAUGCGAAAAUAGCGAACGAAUUCGAAGAAGAAACAUUGUGUAUAUUUUGUUGUUGUACAUUUCAUUGACGAUAUUUUGUACAUUUAGUUAUAGUUCGAAACUAAUUUACACACCAAAGAGCAAGUGUUAUCGAUUUUUAAGUGUAAGGAAAUUGUUAGAGCCGUAUAAGCAGAUAGCAAGAGGCGUUUCGACAAAUAUAAACAAAGAACGCAGUAAAUAAACGCAAAAAUGAUGAUAAUG